AUGGAGGCUCAGAUUGAACAACUGGAGCAGAGGCUCUCCAAGAUAAUUUUGUUCUCGAAAGAUGAAAUCAAAUCGGCUUCUCAAAGGCUGAAUGCGGCUCUGAUAGGUAAGUUUUUUGGUAGGGGUUUUCCUAUUGACUAUGUGGAAAAAGAAAUGUGGAUAUGUUGGAAUUUACAAGGUGAAUUUCACAUAUCUGCUAUGUCUAAGGGCCUGAUGCUGUUCCAGUGCCCUUCGAAGGAGGCUAAAAAUCAGAUCUUGGCUAAAGGCCCUUGGUCCCUGGCCAGGCAAUUGCUUGCCUUGGAGCCAUGGGGACCAAAAUUUAGAUCUGGGAGGGACACUAUUAAUCAGCUUAGAGUGUGGUUCCAUCUCCCAGAUCUACCUCUUGAGCUAUGGGAAGAAUGCAAAAUUCUAAAAAUUGCUUCCCAAGUUGGGGUUCCAAUGUUUCUUAGUGAAUGGACUUUAAAUUCCUCUAGACUGGGGUAUGCAUGGGUCUGUGUUUUGUUAGAUGCUUUGCGACCUAUUUGCCCUAGAGUUAGAAUCAUGAUCCAUGAUGAUGUUAUGUGGCAACAGUUCUCUUAUGAAGAGCUAUCGAAUAUCUAUUAUAAUUGUGGGCAUAUUGGGGUAACUCUGAUGCCAGCGACAGUUCAUCCAUAG